AACUCCCGAGAAAAGAACAGGAAACGCAGCCAGGCUCCAAGGGGAAAGAAACGCCUUCCUUCUUCCUUCUUCCUUCCUUCCUUCCCGGCCAUCUCCUGCGCGUGCGCAUUUCCUGCUAAACCCCAAUCAAACCUGCCGCGGCUCGCCGGAAGUCGGCGGAGGACUCUCGCGCCACCGCAGAGGUGGUGAUUCAUUCUUGUAUUGUAUCCGCAAGUGUGCCUCUGCUCUGGCCUCUGGCACUAGCUGCAGUUUAAACACUACCGACAGUCCUGUCAUCUCAUGGCUCAGCCUCAUGAGACAACGAGCAGGAAACCGCCUGGCCUUCGGUUAUUCAGAGGUGCCAAGGCAUUAAGAAAUUACCAGACGCUCGUCUUGGUCCUUACAUUCUUGGCAUACACUUGCUUCCAUAUGACUCGGAAGAUAACAAGCAUUGUCAAGAGUGAGCUCGAUCCCCAGACAAGGGCGGGAUCUGCGUGGGGAAGAUUGCACACACGCAACACUCUCAACGUCGGCUGGUACCCAUUUAACACCUCUGAUGGUUCCGCUUUGCUUGGUGAGAUAGAUGUGGCAUUCCUUGCGGUGUAUUCUCUUGGGAUGUUCUUUGCUGGGCAUCUUGGUGACCGCAUGGACUUAAGGAUCGUUCUGACAAUUGGCAUGAUUGGGACUGCCAUAUUCACUGCCCUCUUUGGUGCUGGAUAUUGGCUAAAUAUUCAUAGCUUUUACUACUUCCUGGUCUUUCAGAUGAUUUCUGGCUUAUUUCAAUCAUCUGGGUGGCCUUCGGUUGUUGCAGUUGUUGGCAACUGGUUCGGGAAGAGCAAGAGAGGAUUGAUUAUGGGUAUAUGGAAUGCACAUACUUCUAUUGGAAACAUAUCUGGUUCACUGCUUGCUGCAGCUCUGCUUAAGUAUGGAUGGGGUUGGUCAUUUGCCAUCCCCAGCUUUAUCAUGGCUCUUGUUGGGUUGGUGGUCUUCUUUUUCUUGCCAGUUAGUCCUGAGGUAAUGGAGAUAGAGAUUGAUGAUGGGGAGAUAAACUCAGACAAGGAUACUGCCAAGGAGCCUCUUUUGGAACCGGGCCAAGAAGUGAAACAUAAGGCAAUAGGAUUUUUAGAAGCAUGGAGGAUUCCUGGAGUUGCACCUUUUGCUCUCUGCCUCUUCUUCUCCAAGUUGGUUGCGUACACCUUCCUGUAUUGGCUACCAUUCUACAUCAGCCAUACACCUAUUGGCAAUGAGUACCUCUCCGAUGCGAUGGCUGGCAGCUUGUCAACAAUCUUCGACGUUGGAGGUGUGUUGGGAGGAGUCCUUGCCGGUCACAUCUCCGAUCGCCUAAAUGCACGAGCAAUCACUGCUGCAAGCUUCAUGUAUUGUGCGAUACCUGCCCUCUUCUUGUACCGCACAUAUGGAAGCAUGUCCAUGACGUGGAACAUUUGCCUCAUGUUCAUCACCGGCAUGUUUGUCAAUGGCCCUUAUGCCCUGAUCACAACCGCAGUGUCAGCUGACCUUGGCACUCACAGCUCGUUGAAUGGUAAUUCUCGGGCACUGGCCACCGUGACAGCAAUCAUUGAUGGGACAGGGUCAGUUGGCGCUGCGAUCGGGCCAUUGCUGACAGGAUACAUCUCAACAGAGAGCUGGAGCGCUGUGUUCACAAUGUUGAUGGCAGCCGCUCUUCUUGCUGGGCUCCUCUUGACACAUCUUGUAUGUGCUGAGCUAAAAGGAAAGCUCUCCUCCAGUGUGAGCAAGUGCGUAGUUACCUGCUCAGAUGAAGUGUAAGCCUCCAGUAUAAUCUGCUCAUGCUCAAGAUAAGGUCUGUGCAUUGGAAACAUUUUUUGUAGUUCCAUCGCCUUCUCGAUCGUCCAUGAUGAUUUUGAAAUAAGCAAAUGGAUGGGGUUGCUCCACACAAGCCCCAGGAAGGAAUGUGUAGCAGAGGAUAGAGAAAGUAUGUUCAGAUUUUUUCCUUCAGAUUACAAGAUAGGUAAAACACCUCAAAGUAUCUGGGCCCACAUAUAGGUUCUUUUUAGACGCCUUGUAAAUACAAAUUGGGCAAUAAGGCUGGGCCUGUGUUUGCUUGUAUGACUACAUAUUUAAGACUGUACUAUGUAAUUGUCCAAUUAGUUUAGAUAGAAGGGGACAUCGUCCCUUUAUAUAUACAAGAAAAGAUGAGACCUGA